AUGGCGCUAGAGGAGGUGGGGGAACGAUUCACCACGUUGCUGUGUGUAUCAGGCCUGGCCCCUCUGGCUGCCUUCAACUUGGAUGUAGCCCGGCCCUGUGUCACGCCCGAGGGAGGCAAGCCUUUCGUGCUCAGCUCCCUUCUGCACCAGGACCCCAGCACCAACCAGACCUGGCUCCUGAUUACCAGCCCUAGAACCAGUAGGACAUCAGGACCCCUGCAUCGAUGUUCCUGCACCCAGGGUGAAAUCCUUUGCCAACCAGUAGAGCAUGCCCCUUUCCCAAAGAGGAAGCACCGGGGAGUGACAGUUGUCCGGAGCCACCAGGGUGUUUUGAUAUGCAUUCAAGUGCUGAACCGGCAGCCCCACAGCCUCAGCUCAGAACUCACAGGCACCUGCAGCCUACUGGCCCCUGACCUCCGUCCCCAGGCCCAGGCCUACUUCUCUGACCUUGAAAGUCUCCUGGAUCCAGACUCACACGUGGAUGCUGGAGACUGCUACAGGAACAAAAAAAGCAGCACAGGAGAGGACAAGAACACAGCCAGGCAGCGCCGGGAUCUGGAGGUGGAAGAGGAUGAAGAGGAGGAGGAGGAGGAUGCUGGUGAGAAGAGGCAGAUCUGGGGCACUGAGAUUGCCAUCAUCCUGGAUGGCUCAGGAAGCAUCGAUCCCCCUGACUUCCAGAGAGCAAAAGACUUCAUCUCCAACAUGAUGAGGAGCAUCUAUGAGAAAUGUUUUGAGUGCAGCUUUGCCCUGGUGCAGUACGGGGAAGUGAUCCAGACUGAGUUUGACCUUCAGGACAGCCAGGACGUGAUGGCCUCCCUUGCCAGAGUCCAGAACAUCACUCAAGUGGGCAAUGUCACCAAGACGGCUUCAGCCAUACAGCACGUCCUAGACAACAUCUUCACGCCAAGCCACGGCUCCAGAGAAAAGGCAUCCAAGGUCAUGGUGGUGCUCACCGAUGGUGACAUAUUCGGGGAUCCCCUCAACCUCACGACUGUCAUCAACUCCCCAAAGAUGCUGGGUGUUGAGCGCUUUGCCAUUGGGGUGGGAGAUGCAUUUAAGAAUGAUAAGACUGACAGAGAACUGAAGCUGAUCGCCUCGGACCCUGAUGAGACCCAUGCCUUCAAGGUGACCAACUACACGGCGCUGGAUGGGCUGAGGAGCAAACUGCAGCAGAACAUCAUUCGCAUGGAAGGCACAGUCGGAGAUGCCCUUCACUACCAGCUGGCACAGAUUGGCUUCAGCGCCCAGAUCCUGGAAGAGGGGCAGGUGCUGCUCGGUGCCGUCGGGGCCUUCGAUUGGUCUGGGGGCGCGCUGCUCUACAACAUGAACAGCCGUCGCGGCCGCUUCCUGAACCGAACGGCGAACGCCGAGGCUGCGCAGUACAGCUACCUGGGUUACUCGGUGGCUGUGCUGCACAAGGCCUGUGGUCUCUCCUACAUUGCGGGGGCUCCGAGGCACAAGCAGCACGGGGCUGUGUUUGAGCUCCAGAAGGAGGGCAGAGAGGCUGCCUUCGUGCCAGUGCUGGAGGGAGAGCAGAUGGGGUCCUAUUUUGGCUCUGAGCUGUGCCCUGUGGACAUCAACAUGGAUGGGACCACGGACCUCUUGCUGGUGGCUGCUCCAUUUUACCAUGUUCAUAGAGAAGAAGGCAGAGUCUACGUGUACCGUCUGAAUGAGCAGGAUGGUUCCUUUUCCUUGGCACACAUGCUGAGUGGGCAUCCUGGGGUCCAUGAUGCCCGCUUUGGCUUUGCCAUGGCGGCUGUCGGAGAUAUCAGUCAGGAUAAGCUCACAGAUGUGGCCAUUGGGGCCCCCUUGGAGGAUUUUGGGGCAGAUGGUGGCACCAGCUUUGGCAGCGUAUACAUCUACAAUGGACACUGGGACAGCCUCUCAACCAUCCCCUCUCAGCGGAUCAGAGCCUCAGCAGUGGCCCCAGGACUUUACUACUUUGGCGUGUCUGUGGCUGGUGGCUUAGAUUUCAGUGGCGACGGUCUCGCUGACAUCACCGUGGGGACUCUGGGCCGGGCGGCGGUGCUCCGCUCACGACCUGUGGUUCAUCUGAAGGUGUCCAUGACCUUCACCCCCAGUGCACUGCCCAUUGGAUUCAACAGCACCGUGAGUGUACAUUUGUGUUUUGAAAUCAACUCUGCGACCACAGCCACUGAAUCAGGCCUCAGAGGGACAUCUCUCAAUUUCUCUUUGGAUGUGGAUGCGACGAAACAGAAGAAAAGGCUGCAGUGUUCAGACGUGGGAACCUGUCUGAGCUACCUCAGGGAGUGGAGCCGUGGGGCCCGUCUUUGUGAACGCCUCCUGCUCAUCCCCACAGAGGGAGAACUCUGUGAGGAGGACUGCUUCUCCAACAUUAGUGUCAAGGUCAGAUACCAACUCCAGAACCCCAAGGGAUGGAGGGACCAUCCCCACCCCAUCCUGGACCUCUACACUGAGCCCUCCGCCAUCUUCCAGCUGCCCUAUGAGAAGGCCUGCAAAAAUAAGCUGUUUUGUGUCGCUGAAUUACAGUUGGCCACCACCAUCUCUCAGCAGGAAUUGAUAGUUGGUCUCACAAAGGAGCUGACCAUGAACAUCAGCCUAACUAACUCUGGGGAAGAUUCCUACAUGACAAGCAUGGCUUUGAAUUACCCCAGAAACUUACAGUUUAAGAGGAUACAAAAGCCUCCCUCUCUGAACAUUCAGUGUGAUGACCCUAAGCCAGUUGCUUCUGUCCUGGUCAUGAACUGCAAGAUUGGUCACCCCAUACUCAAGAGGUCAUCUGCAAACGUUUCAGUAGUUUGGCAGCUAGAGAAGAAUGCCUUUCCAAACAGGACAGCAGACAUUACUGUGAUCAUCACCAAUUCCAAUGAAAGAAGGUCUUUGGCCAGAGAAACCUGCAGCCUUCAAUUCAGGCAUGCCUUCAUUGCAGUUCUUUCCAAGCCAUCAGUGAUGUACAUGAACACAAGCCGGGGGCUUUCUGACCACAAAGAAUUCUUCUUCAAUAUACAUGGGGAAAAUCUCUUUGGAGCUGAAUUCCAGUUGCAAAUUUGUGUCCCAAUCAAGUUACAUGGUUUCCAGAUUAUAAGAGUGAAGAACCUAACAAAUACUCAGGCCUACUCAGUGUGCACCCAGAGUCAGGAGCGCGCUUGUGGCAGCGAUCCUGUUCAGCAUGUGGAAGAAUGGCAUUCGGUGAGCUGUGCCAUCACUUCAGAUAAAGAAAAUGUAACCGUGGCUGCAGAGAUCUCCUUGGGUCACUCUAAGCAGUUGCUAAGAGAUAUAACGGAACUGCAGAUCCUUGGUGAAAUAUCUUUCAACAAAUAUCUGUAUGAGGGGUUGAAUGCAGAGAACCACAGAACUCAGAUCACUGUCAUCUUCCUGAAAAAUGAGGAAUAUCAUUCUUUGCCGAUUAUCAUUGGAAGCAGUGUUGGUGGCCUUCUUGUUUUGAUCGUGAUUAUAGUCAUCCUGUUCAAGUGUGGCUUUUUUAAAAGAAAAUAUCAACAACUGAACUUGGAGAACAUAAGGAAGGCCCAGCUGAAAUCAGAGAAUCUGCUCACAGAAGAAAAUUACGGCCUGCUUCCUCCUCCACUGGGAGAGAGUAUCAACCAAUCCUCCAACUUCUAGAGACUUGGGGUGGUACUAAUGACUUUUCCCUUUAGGAUGAUCUAGAGCAGCAUUGGACACAUUGUUUUGUAGGAUGUUGGUUUUUAACCAUAUGUUGUCCCAAAGUGUCUUUGCAUUGUGCAAAAAGUAAACU